CUGGUCGCUCGCUUUACUCCUAUAUUUUAUGUGUUUGUGUAGUUAUUUUUAUUAAGCGUAAAACGCAUUAUUUUAGAGUUACAGUUUUCGAAAAUCAGCCGCGCCACUUAAAUAUUUUCCGAAUGCUUCGGGAAUUCUGUUAGGAGCAGAUAAACAUGACCGAUUCAAAAGUUGAAAAGGGCCAGUUCCAACCUAAACCACGUGUCAAAAAAUUCGAGAACUGGAAAAUUUGGAAUAAGAGGCGGUACGUGCUCGCGAUUUUGGCAUUUUUCGGAUUUUUCAAUGUUUACUUUUUGCGCGCCAACCUCAGCAUUGCGAUUGUUGCCAUGGCGGAGAGUAGGACCCAGGUUCUCGAAAACGGAACUGAAAUCGACUUAGGUCCGGAGUUCAACUGGAGUAACGAAAUCAAAGGUUACGUUUUAAGUUCCUUUUUCUACGGUUACAUAUCCACGCAAUUCCUAGGCGGAUAUUUUGCAUCGAGGUUUGGGGGGAAAAUCAUCUUCGGAAGUGGCGUAGCGGUAACGGCGACUUUGACGUUGGUGACUCCAAUAGCCGCCCAAACUAACGUAUACCUGCUGUUGUUCGUCAGAAUUGUUGAAGGUGUAUUCGAGGGAGUCACUUACCCGAGCCUCCACGCUAUGUGGGCCAAGUGGACGCCACCAUUGGAGAGGAAUCGACUGACAACGAUUGCGUAUUCGGGAAGCUAUGUGGGAAAUGUGGUAGCAAUGCCGCUUUGCGCGUACUUGGCUGAAAUGUGGGGCUGGAGAGCAAUAUUUUAUUUUUCAGGAGUCAUGGGCCUUAUCUGGUACGCGCUUUGGAUGCUCAUAACCGCAGACUCGCCAGAGCAGGAUUCAAAAAUAAGCGAGACGGAACUCCAAUAUAUCGUCGAAUCGUUGAAAGCCGCCAACCCCGAAAUCGAAACCAAAAGAAGAGUACCGUGGAAGCAAAUACUUACCUCUAAGGCUGUGCUGGCGAUAGCCGUGACGAAUUUUACCGAAAAUUGGGGCUUUUACACCCUUCUUACGCAACUUCCCAUGUACCUUAACGAUGUUUAUAAGUUCGACUUGGGCAAAUCCGGUUUUCUUGCCGGCCUGCCGUACCUUGCGAUGGCGAUAAUGGUCCAGCUGGCUGGACACAUAUCCGACUGGCUAUCCAAAAAACGACUGCUAUCCACUAUCCAGAUAAGAAAACUGUUCAUCGUUUUCGGAUUUCUAGUUCAAGCAGUGUGCAUGUUAACAGUGGCAUUUUGGUCGAACGAUACAGCGGCAGUCACACUUUUAACGAUCUCAGUUGGUUCGGGAGCAUUCGCUUUCGCUGGUUUCGUAGUGAACCCCUUAGAUAUAGCUCCUCGGUUCGCCAGCAUCAUAUUAGGUUUAAGCAAUACGAUUGGUAGUCUGCCGGGUGUAAUAAGCCCAAUCUUAACAGGAUACAUACUUUCCGAAACACCAGCAAUACAAGAGUGGCAGAUCGUAUUCUUUAUACCGUCGGCGAUAUACUUAUUCGGCGCCAUAUUCUACUUCGUGUUUGGAUCCGCGCAUCUCGAAAAGUGGGCCAUCCAGGAAGAAGCACCUGAAUUGAUGUCGGAUGAUUCCCAAGUCAGCGAGAACAAAUUUUAAUUAUUCUUGUUUAAAAUAAAGUUUAUUUU